AUUAGUACAUGGUGUAUUUCAGGAUGGCAUCUACAUUCUCACCACAAGAGCUCUCCCUCUUCAGAAGUAUUAUAGAGGAAAUAGUGUAUUCUGAUGAUGGCCUGAUACAAGAGACAGAGGCUAUCAGCUUAGCUACUUCCAUGGAACCUAGAAUGAAAGUUAGCGAUAGUGAAGAACUAAUCCAACACCUCAUACAGGAUAAAUGGCUCCUCCAGCACGGUGGAAAGGAGAGACAACUGUCACUGAGUGCUGUGACGGCCUCAGAGCUGAGCCUUUACCUGGAGGAGGUGUAUGAAGACUGUAUCAGCAAGUGUUUUUUGUGUAAGAUCAUCACAUUUAAGGGACACAGGUGCACCAAGUGUAAAGUCAGAGUUCAUCGUAAGUGUUGCAGAAAGUUCUGGAUGCAUCAGAAUACAACAUCAGUUACCUGUCCUGACCCUGUGUGUGGAGAACAUUGGCCACAUGUUGAACUGGAUCUUCCCCAAAAACGCUAAAAGUUAUCAUAGAGUUAGGAGAGUUCUGCUCUGCCUCAACUAAAAUACAUAGAUAUAAACUAUUUGUCUCAAUAAGUUUCUCUUAUUACUUAAAAAACUGAUGUGUAGUUUACCAUUAUGUGUACUUUACCAGUAUAUAUGCUGUAUUAA